UACUUUGUCAACUCCUCCCCGCCUCCGUAAUGAGAAGCAGUGAAGUACAAGGAUCGUAUAAAUACUCCUCUAUCUUGAGAAGGUUGCAUGAAGCUAUAGGAACCAUUUAGCAUGACAAUGCCCAAUACCAAUAGCAUGUUCAGCUUUUCCUGUAUUGUCGUCCUAGCCCUAGGCAGUAGAACCUGUAGUUGCUUGCAGUUUACUUAUCCCAACUUCAACGCAAUCAAGAUGGAUGAUUUCACCUUCAGCCCAGGCUCAACAAUUGCAGAUGGUGCCUUGCAGAUCACCCCAAGUACCGGAAACAUGCGCCACCGGUCGGGGAGACUGGUUUAUGCAAGGGAAACCCUCAAGCUGUGGAACAACAAGCGCAUGGCGCCCACCUCGUUCAGGACAGAUUUCCUGCUCAACAUCCUCCCCGGUCAGAAUGGGGCUGGAGAAGGUAUGGCAUUUGUUCUCACAAACAAUCCAUCGUUGCCCAACAAAAGCAGUGGCCAAUGGCUUGGCAUAUGUAAUGCCACGACAGAUGGCACAAAGACGGAUCCAGUAGUAGCUGUCGAGUUUGACACGAGGAGGAGCUAUGAGGAUGACCUUGACGCCAACCAUAUCGGCAUCGACAUCGACAGCAUCAAAUCUAUUCGGCAGUACCCGCUUAGUAAUGUUUCCAUCAUCCUCUCAAGUGGGUCUGAUGUAUGGGUGUACCAAGGAGAUAUCUACAUUGAUCUAUCACAGUUUCUGCAGGACAAGAUAUAUCUGGUAUUUGCAGGUUCCACUGGCAACUUCACCCAACUGAACCAGAUAAAGGCGUGGAACUUCACCAUGAUAGAUGAAUAA